AUGUCGUGGCCUGAAGUAAUAACUGCAAAAUCAGAAAAUCGUCAUGAAAUCAAAUUGGCGGGUGCGGCUAUAUCGAAACGUAUAUUGGAAAAUGGUUUAGACGGUGGUAUAUUCCAACUAACAAAUAUAAAUCUCCUUAACAUCAGUGAUACUUGUUUAACUGCCAUACCAGAUAGUAUAAGUUGUCUCGUAAAUCUGCAGUCGUUAUUAUUAUUCGGUAAUAAAAUAGCAGAUUUUAACAAAAACAUAACCUCAUUGAAGAAGUUAAAAGUUCUCGACCUGUCGAGGAACCAGUUAAAAGCUAUUCCAGAGAGCAUUAAUGAUAUGAAAGAAUUGACAAAUAUUAAUUUUAGUUCGAAUGAAAUAGAAGAAAUGCCGAAACUCUUAGAUUUUCCCAACCUCAUUACUGUUGAUGUGUCUAAUAAUAAACUCACGAGUUUCUUAGACGUAGAGGACGCUGUAAUGCCACAUUUAGUAGAUUUAAAACUGAAAAGCAAUGCCAUAGAUGUUUUACCCAACUACAUAGCUCAAAGUCUUCCAUCACUGAAAAACUUUGAUAUAGGUGAUAACCAAUUAAAGACAGUGCCUGGGGAAGUGGCUCUCUUGUCGAAAUUAAAGGAGAUCAACCUAAAGGGUAACAAAUUCACUGACAAAAGAUUCAUGAAACUCGUUGACCAAUGCCGCACAAAGCAAAUAGUAGACUAUAUACGGGAUCACAUUCCCAGAAGUGGUGAGGCGACACAACCUGCUGGUAAAACAAAGGGGAAAAAAGGCAAGAAAGAAGAACCACCUCCUGAAGACACAGAGACUGACCUCUGCCAUGCAUUGAAGAUACUACACGUAGAAGAUGAUAUAUUAAGAGUAAAAAUAGUAGAAUCGCAAGUGGCAUCAAUUCGUCCAUAUAUAUUGUGCUGCAUUGUAAAUGACUUGUCUUUUGAUGAGACAUCUUUCAAGAAGUUUAUUCAAUUGCAAACAAAACUACAUGACACAGUAUGUGAUAAGAGAAAUGUUGCUACAAUCGCUACACAUGACCUUAAUAAGAUUGCUCCAGGUGACCUAAUGUACACAGCCCAGGCUCCAGCUGCGCUAAAAUUGACACCCUUGUCGAGGUUACGACCAUAUUCUGGCGAGCAACUAUUCCAGCAGCUCACAGCUGAAGCUGAAGCUCUCCGCAAAGAGAAAAAGAGAAAUGUCUACUCAGGGAUACAUAAGUACUUAUAUCUACUGGAAGGGAAACCACUUUACCCAUGUCUCACAGAAUCCACUGGCAAAGUGAUCAGUUUCCCGCCUAUAACCAACUCAGAAGAUACCAAGAUGUCCCAACAAAGCAAAGCGAUGCUGGUGGAGGUUACAUCCCAUGUAUCACUUGGCGCCUGCAAGACCGUUAUGAACAAGCUGCUUCAGGAGUGUCUGCUGCUGGGAAUAGGUGCUCAGGAAGGAGACUCCUCACACCACUGUCUUACCGUGCAACAGGUUAAGGUAGUAGACCUCGAGGGGAACUUGAAGAAUGUAUACCCAUCAAGAACUGACUGCGUGUAUGAAGUAAACAACAUCAAGGUAUUGCGGAACAUUAAAAAGUAA